UUGCGUCAAAAUUGCCAGCGCGCCGAUUCAAUCAGCUCCGUCGAAGGGUAGGUGAUAUCGCAGACACCACGUCCCUGAUAAGUAUUAUGAUGACUGACGCCGACACGAGAGAAACGUUAGGUAGAACAGAUCUGACAAUGGAUAGCGACGACGGAAAUGUGCAACCCAAUGAAGACUUCAUGAUGCCAGUCACAGUGGACAGACAAGAAGAAUCAGAACCGGUUGAAACGUUAGAUGCAAUCGAGGAGCUGGUGAUUGAAUCGACAAUGGCAAGCCAGCAAGACGACAUGGCGCUAGUCGCAGAGUCGAUAGAAGCUGAUGUUGUGGAUCCUGCCGAAUCUUCUGCCGACACUGCCGCUCCCGAUGCUGCAGUGAAGAAGUGCGCUGUGUGCGCAAGCAUACGUGGCGGCUUCGACACAGCGCUAUGGACUGACGUGGGCAGGUUCACUACGAAGGAGAUGCGCGCUGCAUUCGGCGUGGCACCGUCGGAGGGAGUACUGUGCAAGACGUGUCGGGUGGCGAUAUUCUUCAUGCGACAGAAUCCCAACUGCGUGAGCAAUUUCCAUCAUUAUGUGAACAAGCGAAUGAACGAUUGCGAGCAGACCUAUUCUGAAUCGUCAGCCAAGGAUAUGGACAAAGUACGUAUGCAGGAGGACAAGAAGAAACUGCUACGCAAAGAAUACAAGAGACGGAUACGCCUCAUUCACAAGAUGAAGGCUGCCGAAUCGUCCCGAGAGAGCCUGGAUGGCAAACUGCUGGACAGCGAACAGGCACCGGCAACCAGUGCGGAUGUGACUCAAAGUGAAAGUGUUGUCGACCGGCUGCGUGACGUCAUCGAGUGUGAGCUAUGCGGCUACCGUGGCGAGCGCAGGUACUUCUUGAAAUCCGGCCGCUUCUGCUCGAAAUACUGCACGAGAUCGUUCAGCUCGGCGUUUCGUCUGGCAAAACUCGCUCUCAACCGAUCAGUCUCGGCCAAUUCGGGAGCGGCAAAAGCAACGUUAAAAAAGUCCAAGAAGAUCAAGAGCAAAAAGCCUACGAAAGUGGCUGUGCCGAAACGGCCGAUGCGAACCGCAGCAGGUACGACGCUGAGAGCAAUUGGCGGAAGUGACUUCCUCCGAUCAGCAAUGUCAUCAGCGCCGCUCCUGAAGACUGAGAAAAGAGGCUUGGAGAAGAAGAAGCGCAAGAUGGAGGACCUGGCGCAUGCCCUACCAGCACCGCAGACCGCGGUCGCCAGGAGCCUUGCACCAACGCAAGUGGCAGCGCCGAGGCAGAGGCGUCCCAAAUGGGAGCCGCACUUUGAUCGCCACACCCAUGACCUAUACUUGAGUGACAAGUGCAAGACACCAUUGGUCCUAGCUUGUGUGGGCCUGUUGCCAAGACGAAGGGGUACGGACGGAAGCCUCUUGUCAAGCAAGCCGUUUAGAACUCCCGAGCACUUGCGGGACAAACCACCGGCAUGUUGGACGUGUGAUGAUGUGUUUGACUUCAUAACGGAGCAGGACAAAGGGCUGGCUAGUGCUGCUGAGGUGCUGCUCGGUCACGAAAUUGACGGCGAGGCGUUCUCACUGAUCACUAUGGAGGAGCUGGUGAGGACGCUGUUCCUGAAAGUCGGACCGGCGCUCAAGCUGGAGGCCAUGGGCAAAUCUCUCACGCUGGCUUCGAUGCAGUGAGCGUGCAUGCUCCAUGCCAUUGAACACGGUGACGUGUGCUGCAUAGACCCAGUGCCACUGAGCGCAGUUUUGUGUGCUGUGUGGAACCAGUGCCGCUGAACACAGUUGCGUGUGCUGUGUGGAACCAGUGCCGCUGUACACAGUUACGUGUGCUGUAUGCACCCAGUGCCACUGAACACAUUAACGUGUGCUGCGUGGACCUAGCACCUAGUUACCCUCCACUGGAUAGCACUGGUGAACUAAACUGACUAAACGGAAAUGAAUAUCACCCCCCCCCCCCCCCUGCCUCCCCUCCCCUUAUUUUCUUUUGCUCCCCCCCCACCCCCGCCUAGACACAAAUACACACACAUUCCCUCCAUCCCCACCCCUCUCUUGCUCCCUCCGUAGAAAUGAUAAUAGUAGUAUGAUAUCUAUACUGGGUACAAAUAAUGCGAUGCUGUGCAGUCAUAGACACAAACGCCAUCCAAAGAAAGUUUCUCGAUCGACGCAUUUUUGUUGCGAAUGGCCAAUGUCAUAUCUGGUUAAGAUUUUGGUAGUCUUGUACAGUCAUGUAUGUCCACAGGUAGCACUCUUCAUCUGGUCACGUGCACUUGCCAAAAAAUGAAAAAUAAUCGUCGCUCGUAAGCGUACUAAUCGUAGUAGAUCUGCCCUGUGUACUCUGAGAUGCACCAGAGUAGAUCUACAGUAUUACUUGUUACGGUCUAUCUAUACUCCUCAUACAGAUUAUGGAUGGACGCAUUA